UAGCAAAAAUGCUAAUCUACUAGCUAUAAAAGGGACACCAAGCCACCUAAAGAUCACUCGCAACCAUGAAGUCUUUCAUAGUAGUCGCCCUCCUAGUAGCAUCAGCUUCAGCCACCCCGGCUUUCGUGCCGGCCAAAAACCUGCUCCCUGACGGCAGAAUCGUCGGCGGUUCAGACAUCGACAUCUCCCAAGUACCCUGGCAAAUCUCCCUCCAGUACUACGGCUCCCACAUCUGCGGCGGUUCCAUAAUUUCGGAAAAGUGGGUCGUCACGGCCGCCCACUGCACCGACGGAUCCAGCGAACAAGACCUCAACAUCCGUGCCGGCACCUCUACCCUAGAAUCCGGGGGCCAGGAAGUCGACAUCGCCAAAAUCCACCAAAACCCCAAAUUCGACGACUACAACAUCGACUGGGACAUCUCCCUGCUCGAACUAGCUUCCCCCAUCGAUCUGAGUGGUAACGCCGCUGCGGUUAAUCUCCCGGAGGCCGGCCAGACCUGGCCUGAAGGUACCGAGACUCUCGUCAGCGGCUGGGGAACCACCUCAGAAGACGCCGUUAACCUCCCGAACCAACUCCAAGGAGUCAACGUGGACAUUGUCAGCUCCUCGACUUGCAACGAUGCUUAUGGAGACGGGAGCAUCACCGACAGGAUGCUGUGCGCUGGUGUCAACGGUGGCGGAAAAGACUCCUGCCAAGGAGACUCCGGCGGCCCCUUGGUCGUGGGAGAUACUCUAGCCGGGAUCGUCUCGUGGGGGUAUGGGUGCGCAAGGGCCGGGUACCCCGGAGUCUACGGCAACGUGGCGGCGAUGCGCGAUUUUAUCACAGACACAGCGGGAAUCUGAGAUGUGAUGUAGAUAUUGUUAAGUAGAAUAAAGAAGUACUAAAUCUAAAA